GCCGGCACCCCCUCCCCAGCGCGGCGCGCCGCUGGCUCCACCAUGGAGCCCGCCGUGUCGCUAGCGGUGUGCGCGCUGCUCUUCUUGCUCUGGGUCCGCGUGAAGGGGCUGGAGUUCGUGCUCAUCCACCAACGGUGGGUGUUCGUGUGCCUCUUCCUCUUGCCGCUCUCGCUCAUCUUCGACAUCUACUACUACGUGCGCGCCUGGGUGGUGUUCAAGCUGAGCAGCGCCCCGAGGCUGCACGAGCAGCGCGUACGGGACAUCCAGAAGCAGGUACGGGAAUGGAAGGAGCAGGGCAGCAAGACCUUCAUGUGCACAGGGCGCCCUGGCUGGCUUACCGUCUCACUGCGUGUCGGGAAGUACAAGAAGACACACAAGAACAUCAUGAUCAACCUGAUGGACAUUCUGGAGGUGGACACCAAGAAGCAGAUUGUCCGUGUGGAGCCCUUGGUGACCAUGGGUCAGGUAACUGCCCUGCUGACCUCUAUUGGCUGGACUCUGCCUGUGCUGCCGGAGCUGGAUGACCUCACAGUGGGGGGUUUGAUCAUGGGCACAGGCAUCGAAUCAUCAUCCCACAAGUAUGGCCUGUUCCAACAUAUCUGCACUGCCUACGAGCUGGUCCUGGCUGAUGGCAGCUUUGUGCGGUGCACACCGUCGGAAAAUUCAGACCUGUUCUAUGCUGUGCCCUGGUCCUGUGGGACCCUGGGCUUCCUGGUGGCCGCCGAGAUUCGCAUCAUCCCUGCCAAGAAGUACGUCAAGCUGCGGUUUGAGCCCGUGAGAGGCCUGGAGGCUAUCUGUGACACGUUCACCCGCGAGUCCCAGCGGCUGGAGAACCACUUCGUGGAAGGGCUGCUCUACUCCCUGGAUGAGGCUGUCAUCAUGACUGGGGUCCUGACGGAUGAGGCAGAACCCAGCAAGCUGAAUAGCAUUGGCAAUUACUACAAGCCGUGGUUCUUCAAGCACGUGGAGAACUACCUGAAGACAAACCGAGAGGGCCUGGAAUACAUUCCCCUGAGACAUUACUACCACCGGCACACGCGCAGCAUCUUCUGGGAGCUCCAGGAUAUCAUUCCCUUUGGCAACAAUCCCAUCUUUCGCUACCUCUUUGGUUGGAUGGUGCCUCCCAAGAUCUCCCUCUUGAAGCUGACCCAAGGAGAGACGCUGCGCAAGCUGUAUGAGCAGCACCACGUGGUCCAGGACAUGCUGGUGCCCAUGAAGUGCCUGCCGCAGGCCCUGCACACCUUCCACAAUGACAUCCAUGUCUACCCCAUCUGGUUGUGCCCCUUCAUUCUGCCCAGCCAGCCGGGCCUGGUGCACCCGAAGGGGGAUGAGGCAGAGCUCUAUGUGGACAUCGGUGCCUAUGGGGAGCCGCGUGUGAAACACUUUGAGGCCAGAUCCUGCAUGAGACAGCUGGAGAAGUUCGUCCGGAGUGUGCAUGGUUUCCAGAUGCUGUAUGCUGACUGCUACAUGAACCGGGAGGAGUUCUGGGAGAUGUUUGAUGGCUCCCUGUACCACAAGCUGCGCAAGCAGCUCGGCUGCCAGGACGCCUUCCCCGAGGUAUAUGACAAGAUCUGCAAGGCCGCCCGGCACUGAGCCGCCCGCAAGACAGAUGAGUGCACGGAUGCUGGCCCCAGGGCCGGGGGGCCUCCUCCUGCCACUCAAGCUUGGCUGCUUCCCCAGAUCCACACUUUGUGCAAGAAGCCCCUCCAGACAUCCCACCCGGACAGCCCCAGCUUGCCCCCGGCGUCCUGGGCAGCCUAGCGGAGUGGAGAGGACGUGGGCUUUGGAGUCAGACUAACCUGAGUUCAUUUCCCAGUUCAGCCACUCAUAAGCUGUGUGACUCUGGGCAAAUCACUUAACCCCUCUGAGCCCGGCUCUUCACCUGUUGAAAGGGGGCAACAAUACCUGCCGCAGGCUGCCGACACCUGAGUUAAGUACAUGCCACCAUGGAGGUGCUGAAUAAGUGACAGUUAUGACCAGCGCUUCCACUCGGCCUUGCAUCUGACCCAAGUGCUUGCUGAAUUCAGCCGCGGAGCCAGAAAGCCUCCGUGUCAGGCCCCUGGCACUCAGGCUGGCCGGAAAGGUGAAGGGUAUGCCCUGGAGUUGCACCACCAUUGCUUCCGUCCACCGAAGGAGUUCCUCGCUGGAAGGAGGAAUGAGGUCUGGGACCUCGAGAGGGCAGCAGUUGGGUAGGAAGGCCAAGGUGUGCCGUGCCAAAGCUGGGUCUUAUUCCAAAGUACAUGCUGCCAUCCCUGGGGAUGUCCUGCCCCUUCCUUCUUUGAGCUCAGGCUUGUAGCCCCCCAUCCCCCAGCCCAGACAUCACCCAGGUCCCCAGAGGGGACUGUGGCCCUGGUAAGGAUGUUUCAGGGCUGAAUCCUGCUCCACCCUCACCCUGGGGCCCCCUACCCAGGUGGUGUUUGUCAUUUCUGCUCUGAAUUGGAUCUAGAAGAUCUGGGCUCCUUGGCUCUCAGCCCUCUUGUCGUCAGAGCCCACUUAAGUCCCGAUCGGGGUGCUGCUCUGUGGCAUGGGGGUGGGCCACACCAAGCGGGAAAUGGAGGCCACCAUGGUUAUGUUUCAUGAGGAUUCCCACUGUGGGGCUGAGAGAAAAGAGCAUCAGCUUGAUUUUGUCCAACCACUCACCUUUUUUUUUUUUUUUGCUCUCCCUCACCCCCGGCUGUAGUUAAUUUCAGUGCCUUAUAAAUCCUAAGCUCAGAGAAACGUUAGCUCCGUUUCCGUCCCAGAGAGACGGGAACCUCCCUAGUCCUUUCCCCACCUAUGAAAGCUUGGUUGUUUACGCAACUCCAUCUUAAGAACUGCCCAGAAGCGGAGAAAGAAUUGUGUCACGUGAGGGAAGUUGAAGUUAACUGUGCUAGUCUGUGCCUGAAUCAGGCAUCAGGAGACGGGGCUCAGUCCCUGCUCUGUUGUCAGUGGGCUGUGCAGCUGUGGGGAAAUCGACUAUCCCUGGGCUGGGGCUGCCUCAUCAGUGCAGACAACACCUCCCUGGGCCCCUUCUGCUGCAGAAGAACAUCAUUGUUCAGUACUGGGCUGCGAGACCCAGGGGGCCUGCCGGUCAGAGGAAAGAUAAAUGACCCGCCUGGACACUUGGGGUUUGUCAUUCCUCAGGCUGGCCCAGCUCCCAUCUCGUCUUCAGAGAGGUGCAUCUGUGGCUUGAGGGCCGGUUCAGUCCUGCCGCUGGAACUGCCAGCAUCCUCAGUCACACUUGAUGGAUGGAUACUCACCCAUCGCACCCCAGGCUUGGCACACUGCAGCGUCUUAGCAUGGUCCUGUGAGUGCCUGACAUGUGCCUGGCACUAGGGAGGCAGAGGAACCACCCUUACCCAUUUGGUCUCUGGAGGGGGCACAUGAAAAAAACAAGAAACCUCAUCUUUUCCUUGUAUGGAAUCACGUGAAUUCUGGCAUUAGUUCUCCUAGCAGGCCCGUGGGCUCCCUGCUCGGUGUUAAACUGAUGAUUCUACUUGUUGUAGAGGAACGGUUAGGCCUGGGCUAGGAUACCCCAACA